AUGUUACCUCAAUCACAAUUAGGUUUCGGCUAUCAAUUAAACCAUAAAAAAAUUCAAAGAUUUGAAAAUUUACCAAUCCCAACUCCCAAAUCAAAUGAAGUAUUAUUAAAAGUUGAAGCAUGUGGUUUAUGUUUAUCUGAUCCUCAUUUAUUACAAGCAGGUCCAAUGCCAACCCCAAACCCGUUAGAUAAAUUUGUAAUGGGACAUGAAAUAGCAGGGUCAAUAGCUCAAGUUGGUGAAAAUUUUAAAAAUCAUCCACUCUAUAAAAUUGGUGGUAGAUUUGCAUUAACUAUCGCAAUUGCAUGUGGUAAUUGUUAUAAUUGUAGAACUGGAAAUGAUGGUCAAUGUACUACUUCAAUUCAAGCUUAUGGUUUGAAUGAAGAUGGAGGAUAUCAACAAUAUUUAUUAAUUAGAAAUUUAAGAACCCUUUUACCUAUUCCUGAAAAUGUAAGUUAUGAAGUUGCUGCAGUUACUACUGAUUCAGUAUUGACUCCAUUUCAUGCCAUACAAAAAGUGAAAAAUUAUAUACAACCAACUACUAAUGUUUUAGUUAUUGGUUGUGGUGGAUUAGGAUUAAAUGGAGUUCAAAUAUUGAAAAAUUAUGGUUGUUAUAUAGUUGCUACUGAUAUGAAAGAACAAGUUAGACAAACUGCAUUAGAAUAUGGAGCUAAUGAAUUUUAUACUGAUUUAUCUGAAUCGGAGUAUGAACCACAACAUUUUGAUAUUAUUUUUGAUUUUGUUGGAUUACAAAAAACUUUAGAUUUAAGUAAUUAUUUCGUUAAGAAAGGAGGUAAGAUUGUAAUGGUUGGUUUAGGGAAUUCUAAAUUAUUAAUUCCAAAUUUCUUAUUUGCAGUUAGAGAAAUUGAAAUUAUAUUUAAUUUUGGUGGUAAUUCGAGUGAACAAAUUGAGUGUAUGAAAUGGGUAUCAAAAGGUUUAAUUAAGCCAAAUGUUAACUUAGUUGAUUUUGAAAAGGUUCCAGAGAUGUUGGAUGCUUUAAAGAGUGGCAAAUUAGUUGGUAGAACAGUAUUUAGACCAAAUAAAUUAUAA